UUCAUGUUGCCUCUUCCGACCCUCUGCCUCAUCUCUCCAUUAAAGACACCCCCAUUGAGACUUCAUCUGCACAUUAUAUAUUACAGCAGUACACUGCUGCUUCUGGAGGGCAAAAGCUUCAAAACUCUAUUCAAAAUGCCUAUGCCAUGGGAAAGGUGAGGAUGGUAGCUUCUGAGUUUGAAACUGCUAACAGAGUUAUCAGGAGCCGUAACUCCUCGAAAGAUGCCGAGUCGGGUGGGUUUGUCUUGUGGCAAAUGAAUCCAGACAUGUGGUAUGUAGAGCUUGCGCUUGGUGGCAGCAAGGUUCAUGCUGGGUGCAAUGGGAGGCUUGUUUGGAGGCACACGCCAUGGCUUGGUGCACAUUGUGCUAAAGGACCCGUUAGACCCUUACGCCGUGCACUUCAGGGGCUUGAUCCUAAAACAACUGCAAGCAUGUUUACCAACGCAAGAUGCACUGGGGAAAAGAAGAUAAACGAUGAGGAUUGCUUCAUCCUCAAGCUCUGUGCAGAUCCUGUAACAUUGAAGGCCAGGAGUGAAGGGCCAGCUGAGAUCAUAAGACACGUUUUAUUUGGUUAUUUCAGUCAGAAAACGGGGCUCCUGGUGCACUUGGAAGACUCUCACUUGACCCGCAUACAAAACAAUGGAGGUGAUGCAGUUUACUGGGAGACCACAAUCAAUUCAUUUCUCGACGAUUACCGACCCAUUGAGGGGAUUAUGAUUGCGCACUCGGGACGUUCGGUAGUAACCCUCUUCAGAUUUGGAGAUACUGCUAUGAGCCACACCAAGACCAGGAUGGAAGAAGCAUGGACAAUUGAAGAAGUAGCAUUCAAUGUCCCUGGUUUAUCUGUAGACUGCUUCAUUCCUCCUGCUGAACUAAGAUUUGCCUCAAUGAGUGAAACUUGUGAGCUCCCUCAGGGUCAGAUCAUUGAUAAUGCUGUUGCAGCACAAGCAUAUCAUACUACUAAAGUCGCUGCUCUCGACAAGUUCAACGACAGUAAUGUCAUCUGGAAUACAGACGCUUAAGGGGAUGACGUGAAGAGUGACAGACAGACAGUAGUAAGUUAUUGUACUGAUAGCAAGCUAGAUGCCUAGAUCUCCUUGAGAUAAUUAAUAGCACAUAUAGGAACUGGGACCAAUACUCUUUUAAAUUUGUAAAUAGAGCAUUGUCAUUCAUAAAAUUUUCCCCUGUUCCUUGGUAAA